GCCGCGGGGGGAGGAGGGCGGCGGCGGGCGGCGGUCCGGGGCCAUGUCGCUGGUGGCCUACGCCAGCAGCGAGGAGAGCGACGCGGACGAGGCGGAACCGGGGCCCGUCGAGGAGGAGGAGGAGGACGAGGACGAGGAGGAAGACGAGGAAGAGGAGGAAGGGGAAGAGGACGAGGAGGCGGUGACGGGCCCGGGCGGCCUGUUCGCGUCGCUGCCGCCGCCGCCCGCCCCGGGCUUCCCGGCCCUGCUGCUCCCGCCGCCCCCGCCGCCUCCACCGCCGCCCCCGUUCGGCCCGGCCGGGUUCCCCCCCCCGCCCCCGCCGGGGCUCCCGGGCCCCGCGAGGCCGAGGAAGAGGACGGAGCCGGUGCGCAUCGCCGCCCCCGAGCUGACCCGCGACGAGUCCGAUUCUGAAGAGGAUGAACCCAAGAGGAAGACGUCCCUCCAGGGGUCGGCUGGGGGCACCGGCCUGUCGGCCCUGCUCCCCCAGCCCAGGAACCUGACGGUGAAAGAGCCCGGUCGCGCGCUGCUGCCUCACGCCUUCUCCCGCAAGCCACCCGACGGCCCCCCCGCCUCCCGGCCGCCCCUGAAGGCGGCCGCCAGGGCCCCGCCCUCCGCCGCGCCCUUCCCGUCCCCCUCGGCCAUCAAGGCUGCGGCCAAGAGCGCUGCCCUUCAGGUGGCCAAGCAGAUGGCUCAGGAUGGGGGCGACAGUGACGGUGAGGACCUGGCCCCCGAGAACUACUUCUCCCUCCCGGAUCGGGUGGAACCGCCCCCUUCCUCGGCCGCCGCGCCCACCCCGGCCCCCCCGGCCCCCGCCGCCCCUUACCUCCCCUACGUCCCUGACGCCCUGGCGGCCGCCGCCGAAGACCCGCCCCCCGGCACGGAGCCGGAGCCGGACUUCCAGGGUGGCGCGGCGGACGCCCCGCUGGAGUUCAAGACGGCGGACGGCUGGCGCGGGGCCCCCUGGGUCCCCAGGGCCGGCGAGGAAGGCGAAGGCGGCGCCGGCCAGACUUCCGGGGGCCCGUUCCCCCCGUACGGCCAGCCGGGGGUCGCCGGAGCUUACUACCAGGACUACUACGGCAGCGGCUACUACCCCGACCCUGACCCGGCCGUGGGGGCCCCCCAGGAUCUCACCCCCGACGCCUCCUUCAUGGAUGAUGAAGCGUUCAAGCGGCUGCAGGGCAAGCGGAACCGUGGGCGCGAGGAAAUCAACUUCGUGGAGAUCAAGGGUGACGACCAGCUGAGCGGCACCCAGCACUGGCUGGCCAAGUCCCUGACCGAGGAGAAGACCAUGAAAUCCUUCAGCAAGAAGAAGGGUGAGCAGCCAACGGGCCAGCAGAGGCGGAAACACCAGAUCACCUACCUGAUCCACCAGGCCAAGGAGCGGGAGCUGGAGCUGAAGAACUCGUGGUCGGAGAACAAGCUGAGCCGCCGCCAGACUCAGGCCAAGUAUGGCUUCUAGUCGGACCUCCGGACCCCGGGACCCCCUCCGCGCCCCGAGCCGAGGGCCCCGGCCGGGUCGGCGGAUGGCCACCGCAGAGACUCCGGGCCCGGCCGCCGCUCCCGGCACCUCCGUUCAGGGCCAUGAACUGCUGUUAGACGCCCCCCUCCUGGUUUUAUAAACCCCAGCCCCCACCCUCCAAAACCCAACUCCAGGCGCCCUCCCCGCCCCCAACCCCCCACCCACUGGGUUUCUGUUUGUAUCGUGGGUAAACACC